GAAGACAAACCAACAACAUACGGCCGGACUAUUACACAACACUGGAUAAUUGGAAUAUCAACAUCAUAGUAAUCAUACGUGAUUAUUCCAGACACCAACAUGCAUUUUAUACAUUUCGUUUUAAUUUUUUGUGCGUUACAGCGAACUUCUAAUGGAUUUUUCCUUGAGAUUGAGAAGUCGUUCGACUUGAGCAAGUUUCGAGGCCCAGUGCCAAAAGAUAAGGAUGUUUACCGAAAUGUGAGCCAGUUAAUAAAAUCAAAUGGUUAUCCGUGUGAGGAGCAUUUUGUCGAAACCGAAGACAACUUCAUACUAAAUAUACAACGCAUUCCGCAUGGGCGGAAUGAGAACAACAGCAGAACGGAGUCGAAACCAAUUGUUUUCUUACAACAUGGUUUGCUUGCCGACAGUGCUUGUUGGGUUUUCAACUUUCCUGAUGACAGCCUUGCAUACAUCUUGGCAGAUAAUGGAUUCGAUGUUUGGCUUGGAAAUUCGCGAGGGAACAGAUACGCGAGGCGAAAUACACACUUAUCCCCUGAAUGCCUGAAGUUUUGGAAAUGGUCCUUUGAUGAUCUUGCAAAAUACGACUUGCCUGCGACAGUGGAUUAUAUUCGUAGCACGACAAAGCAGGACAAACUCGUCUAUAUUGGUCAUUCACAAGGAACAUUGAUAGCAUUUGCAGCAUUUUCCACGAACCCUGAAUUGGCAAAGAAGAUAAAGCUGUUCGUUGCGUUAGCGCCUAUUGCCACUAUUGGUAAUAUCAAUGUUCCCUUUCUCAGAACACUGGCUGAAGUCGUCACAGUUAUUGAUGCAGUAGCACCACUAAUUGAUGCCCCAUUUUUCCCGGGAGACAUAUGGCGAACCCAGUUUGUUGAAAAAGGAUUUUGUAACGGUCUCACAGAGGAGAAAUUGUGUUAUCAAGUCGCAAAAUUUGUCGUCGGUGAUGAUCCGACAAAUGUGAAUUACAGUCGUAUUCCAGUAUUUCUUAACAAUUUCCCAUCAGGAACCUCUCUAAGAAACAUGGUUCAUUUUGCUCAGUUGCUUCUGUCAGGAAAAUGUCAAAUGUUUGACUAUGGUAUAAUUGAAAACUAUUUUCAUUACGGUCAGGCAAAACCGCCACAAUACAAUGUAAGCAAAAUCACCGUGCCUAUUGCGGUCUUCUCGGGAAGUCACGACACUCUCUCGGAUCCAGCCGACGUCAAACUACUACUUCCAAGACUGAAAUCUCUGGUCUACAAUAAGUACCUGGAGGAAUUCAACCAUGUUGACUUCGUUAUGGGUUUGAACGCGAAUGUCGUAUUAUACCCAUACGUUGUCGAAUUGGCAAAGAAGUAUUCGAGCUUAGAAAAUGGCCGUAAUAUAACUAUAAUCUGAAAAUCAUAGAUUAUAAAACCGACGAUUUUGGCAGGAUAUUAGGGCACAUAAUCAAAACAAUAUCAAUUUCGUAUCAAACCAUUUAUGUCAGAUAUCUGUUUUAUGAUUUCAUGGAAUUUUAUGUACGGGAUCUAUUGUCUAUUGGUUAAGACAGCUAUGUUCGGACUAUAAACUGAGACUCGGGCGAAUUUUCCCGCAAUGUGGUAAAAAUAAGGUCAGGUCAGGUAAAUUUUCUGUGCAAUAUGGAAUUAUGUAAUACAAUGAAAUAAAUGACAGGAUUGUGUAUAGAAAAGCUGAAAAAUUGCAUGAACAGGAAUCAGGAUACGAGUUAAAUCCGAGCGAAUUAAUUCAGUGUAUAAGCAAUGUGAGUUUGAUCUGCGUACAAUGUUUCGUGAAGACAUCUUGUAAGACAUCGUUCCAAUUAUGUCAAUGAUUGUAGGCAUGAAGUGAUGCGAGGAUGAAAGCGACCUUAAGAUGACAGAGAAUGCCUGGAAUAUCGCUUUUCAUAGACCAAUUCAAUGUUAAAUAAAGA